AUGAUGCAAGUCUUCUCAGAGUGGGCAAACCAAUCUUCACCGGGCAAUGAAAAUGUUUCAAGCCUUCCUCCAAAGAAUGACGUGAAGGACCUAUUUCAGUCUUUGCUGUCCCUGAUGGUCGCCCUGAGUGGUGUGAUGGGGAACACAGUCGUACUCUGGCUCCUGAGUUUCCGCCUGCAGAGAAACUCCUUCUCCACCUACAUCCUUAACCUGGCCGGGGCCGACUUCUUCUUCCUCUGCUCCCUGAUCAUGUUUUUCCUAAUGGAACUCAUUGGUUUCUACCACCGGACCUUCAAAUCUGUCAGCCCUUUCUUUGGCAUUGCCAUCUGGUUUUCUUACAUCUCAGGCCUGAGCAUUCUCAGUGCAAUCAGCACCGAGCGCUGCCUGGCGGUUCUGCUUCCCCUCUGGUACCACUGCCACCGCCCGAGACACAUGUCAGCUGUCACCUGUGCUCUUCUCUGGACCCUCUCUCUGGUGCUCAGCAUUCUGGAAUGGACUUCUUGUGUCGUGCUCAACUCUCAGGUUGACUGGUGUCAGAUCAUUGACUUCUUCCUUGCUGUGUGGUUGAUGGCCUUAUUUAUGACACUGUCAGUGUGUAGCCUGGUUCUGUUGGCAAAGAUGCUCUGUGGGUCCCGGAGGCAGAAGCUGACCAGACUCUGUGUGACCAUUGUCCUCACAGUGUUGACCGUCCUUAUCUGUGGCCUGCCCUUUGGCAUUUAUUGGUUUCUAUUGAUCUGGAUCCAGUGGCUUCCGAGCUCUGUGCUGGUGCCAUCUUCUUCCUGGUCUCUGCUUCUCUCCUGUGUUAACAGCUGCGCCAAUCCCAUCAUUUACUUCUUCGUUGGCUCCUUUAGGCAGAGGGAGCAGAGGCCCACCCUCGGGCUGGUUCUGCAGAAGGCGCUGGAGGACACACCUGAAGUAGAGGAAGCUGGAGGAAAUCUAACUCCAGAAACCAUGGAGAUGUCAGGAGGCAGUGCCGUGUAG